CCAUGACGGAAACCUCCUCCAAGGAACAUGGUUUGUUCCGCCUUUAUCCCAGAAAAUAUAGGGCAGAGCAAUGCGCAGUUGAUAUUGUAGCCAUUCAUGGGUUAGGUGGUAAUGCAUUCAAAACAUGGACAGAUAGUGAGGGUCACUUGUGGCUGCGCGACUCACUACCAAAGCAUGUCCCCAGAACCCGGAUCAUGACAUACGGCUAUGACUCGGCCGUGGCAUUCGGUCGGUCGCGCAUGAAUGUCGGGGACUUUGCUGUUGAUUUGCUUACGCGCCUUGUAAUGGUGCGAGAGUGCGAUGCAGAGCGUAUGAGACCGUUGGUCUUUAUCUGCCACAGCCUCGGGGGUGUGGUCCUCAAGCAGGCACUUAUCACGGCAUCAGCGGUGCAAAACCAUUAUGGUGCCAUUACGAAGAGCACCUUCGGAGUGAUUUUUAUGGGAACCCCCCAUCGUGGAUCUAGAGUUGCAACCCCAGCACGGCACAUCGCCCGCAUUAUCAACGCUACGUCCCUGUCGUCUCUGGUGCGGUCUGACCUUCUAGCUGUUCUCUCUAUGUCUUCCAAAGAGCUCCAGGAUAUCUCCCAGCUUUCCGUUCCAAUCCUUAAGAACCUCGUUAUUGUGUCUUUCUAUGAGCAGAAACCGCUGGGACCAACUUUGAUUGUCGAGCCCGUAUCAGCUAUUCUCGGAUUACCCAAUGAGCGAGCCAUCCCAGUAAAUACAGAUCAUCGCAAAAUGGCCAAGGUCUCUCCGAAGCACAAGCAGAUGUACAUGCCCGUUUGGAAAGGAGUUUCAGAUCUUGUAGAAGCGGCUAUCAAUGAAAAUGCGUCUCAGCUCAGGGAGCUUUUGGACGUCCUAUACAGUGUUGAUUAUAAGCAGUCUCAACUUGCUAUCCGUCAGCCCCACAGUGGCACAUGCGACUGGCUGUUCAACCACGGCGUGUUUAAUAACUGGGCAUUAGCAAAGGGAUCAUCGAUGUUGUGGCUCGUGGGAUCCCCGGGAGUCGGCAAGAGCGUUAUAACUCGACACCUUGUUGAAGGAGUCUUAGGUGGCAACGACCGUACAAUACUUCCUUAUGAUUACAUUGGUGCCAGUUUCUUUUGUUCCUAUAAGGAAUCGGCAAGCAUCACAGAGUGUGAUAUUUUGAGGUCUUUAUUGCACCAGUUUCUCCAGGCAUAUCCUCAGUGUCAGGACACGGUGCGACGGCGGCUUGACAUUAAAUUAUUAAAUCAACAGACUGAGCGUUUCCAGAACUGGAAUCUGUGGAGGACUAUCGAAGAUGUGCUCACCCUCCAGGGAAUGCAGUAUUGCUUCAUUUGUCUUGAUGCUCUCGAAGAACUGCCGUUCGAGACGCUCCAUAGUCUACUUGAAGGAUUCUACAGCAUUGUUAUACGCUUCUCACAUUCCCAACCAAGUCAUUAUUUACGUGUCUUUGUAUCAAGUCGCCCCAUACCGAAUCUUCAAAGGUCCCUUAGAGCUGUUCACACGAUAAGGAUACAGCCUUCGGAUAUAUCGCCCCAGAUCAAAAAGUUUCUCCAGGAUGGCGUCAGGGAUUUUGCACAGCAGCACAAAUCAUUCGCUCACGCUACGAAUCAAUCCUUGCGUGACAAGGUGGCGUGUAAAAUUGAGGAAAGGGCCGAUGGAAUGUUUCUAUGGGCAAGUAUCGCGUGGGAAGACUUCAAAAGAGGCUUGCUCUGGAACCACGAUAUUGUUGAUGAAAAGCUCAAGCAGCUUGAGUCUACAUCAUCCGGUAUAAACAGCCUAUAUGACCGUGUAAUUGGCAAAGUUGACCUAGCUAUUCGUCCGGACAUGUGGUUGAUAUUUGAGUCCAUUGCCCUCACUGGGCGCUCCUUGAGUGAAACAGAACUCGGGGUCAUGCUUGCUGUUCGGCGGUCACAAGACCACGUUGCAUACUCCCAUCAGAUCCACCCAUUUGAAGCUCUGGAUGAGAUAAUUGAGGAGAACUUUCCCGAGUUAGUGAAGAUACACGACGAUGGCCAAAUAUCGUUCACCCAUCUAUCUUUCAAAGAAUACCUGUUCCAGUAUUGGGACGAAACGAAUCCAUGUCGGCUGAGGACAGCACGCAGGGAGCUCGCUGACGCAUGUCUAACUUACCUAACUCUGAAGGACCUGGUAAACGAUGCAGAUAGCACGGAUUGGCUAGAAAUCCAAAAGAAGUAUACACUUUUCCAGUAUGCAUAUAAUUUCCACAUAUAUCAUCUCAAAUUCAUCAGCAAUGAUAAUCCCUUAUGGCUUCGCUAUGCUAGCUUAGCAAGCCAGAAGUCAUUAUUUACAGUGAACUGGACCGGGAAGAAAUACUGGAGCCCUCUACGGACAGUAACAGACUACGUUAGGUCUGCUCCCCUUGUGAAGAAGUUCGUCGAGUAUGGCUAUGAUGUGAAUGAGCCUUGGAGAUCGGACCAUGAGCAUAGCGCUCUUGAAUAUUGCUGCGAUGAAAGGACCGGGAUAGACCAGGAAGAGUUUGUUGCUACACUAUUAGACGCAGGUGCAAACCCCAACGGUUUACACUAUGCUAUGGGUGUUGGUGAAACUUGCCUCCAGCACAUGAUCAGGACACGUGCAUGGAGGCUCUAUGCCAUGUUGUUGAAGUGUCCACGGAUCAAUCUUGGUCUCUGUAAUUACAGGGGUCAGACGGUAAUUCACUACAUGGUCCAGUUUGGUGACUGCGCUCGCUUGGCAGAUAUACUCCAUAUGGAUGGGUUUGACAUCAAUGCUCAAGAUACAGGGGGCAACACAGCCCUUCAUGAUGCCACAACACACUCCGACAUCGGGAAGUUGAAGCUUCUCUUAGAAGUAAAUGGGGUACAGCUUGACAUUCAAGACAGCCAGGGCCGAACACCACUCACUCUAGCAUCCUAUUGGGGUCUUCGAAAGGCUGCCCUAAUGCUGAUAUCAUGUUCAAGGGGGCUUCCGACUCUAGAGAAUAAUGAGAUGAGUAGUAUUAUCUGUGCGGCAAUGCAGGAUGAUGAGUGCCUAACCCAGAUACUGCUCGAGAAAUUUGAGUUUUGUAACCUUGACCAUCACCUUGAUGUCUCCGGAAGAACAGUGCUGCAUCAUGCCGCGAUCAACGACUGGCCGAGAAUAAUUGAGCAAGUCCUCCACCAUACGUCAGGUGUGGAGAUCCUCAACAGGAUCGACCACUCCGGUGGCUCAGCCUUGCAUCAUGCGGCGGCGUUAGGCCACACGCGCUGUGUACAAGUAUUGCUGGAGCGUGGAGCCAGUGUCCGUCUUCAGGAUCGCAACGGGCGCACUGCCGCCCAUGCAGCUGCAGAUUCUGGGUUCAAGGAUACACUUGUUAUCCUCCUUGGCGCAGAGGAUAUCGAUCCCUGCCAACGGGACCACCAGGGACGGAACCUGGUGCAUUGGGCUGCGUCCAUUGACUGUGUCGAUGUGAUGGAGAUGAUUGUCAGGCAGUGGCCUCAUGUCGAGCUUACACGAAAGGAUAAUUUAUUCCAGCUUCCCAUUGACAUUGCAAAUAUAUGUAAAUGUGCAAACGUUGGGAAGUUUCUGGAAGAAGAAAUGGAGCGACGUGGCUUGAUUCCUUCAUGGUUACAGGCCUACAAUUGGGGCUCCAUGUAUAAUAGCCCGCUUUUGGACGUAGUUCCGGAGGAAGAUCUGAGUGCUAUCGAUCGCGAGGCCCGAAAAGCGUUUGAGCUGGCUGAACAAAAAGAGCGAAACCGAGUAUGGGAAGCCCUACAUGAGCAGUACCCUGAUGUCGACUGGGCAUUGACCAUAAGAGGGUUUCACUGCAUGGCCUUUGAGAUCAGUAUAGCACGUACCGAGCUAGCUGAGCUAUACAGUCAGCUGGAUUCCAUUUGCCUGGCAGGAGCACAUUUUCCUUCGGCACGCAAAUGUCUGGAUUCCUUAGCCAGGCCGCUGGACCGGCUACAGGAUAUUAUAAAUUCCAGAGACUCAAACCCAGUGUCAACAAAGGGCAGCUGGGAACAAUCUCAGCUAGAUGGGAUACGCGCCAUGACAGAGGUGAUGCGAACCAUGAUGGAUGUUGUCAACCUUGAAUCCGAUACUGAUACGGCACUGGAUGAAUCGUUUAUGGAAUUGUCUGAGCUGUACAAUGAGCUAGCAAGGGCAUAUCGAGCUACUAAGGAGCCACCGGCUCAAAUCAGAUGGGAUGCAAUGGACAAGCUUAGGAUGAUACGAGUGGAAUUAAUUAACAUGGGCCUAACCGGGCUGUCUAUCUAAGGUCCAUGUAUGAGAAUUUAUAUUACCUUUGUAUUCAAGAGCAAGGCGUUGUUAUUGUUGUAUGCCUUUUUUUUCCCCUUAUAUAGAAAUAUCCAUGCGCUUCUACACACGCGAAAGGAAG